AUGAGGUUUAAAUGUGACAUUGCUGCCUUAUCUGUCUCAGUGCAGAGGCUGUCUAACUCUCUGGCCGGUGUGCACUGGGACCACGUUCAGAAGAGAAGAGCACACCAGAGACACAGCCAACCAGGUCUAGCGCUCAGGGAGUUGGAUGGCCAGAGACACAGCCAACCAGGUCUAGCGCUCAGUGAGUUGGAUGGCCAGAGACACAGCCAACCAGGUCUAGCGCUCAGUGAGUUGGAUGGCCAGAGACACAGCCAACCAGGUCUAGCUCUCAGUGAGUUGGAUGGCCAGAGACACAGCCAACCAGGUCUAGCGCUCAGUGAGUUGGAUGGCCAGAGACACAGCCAACCAGGUCUAGCGCUCAGUGAGUUGGAUGGCCAGAGACACAGCCAACCAGGUCUAGCGCUCAGUGAGUUGGAUGGCCAGAGACACAGCCAACCAGGUCUAGCGCUCAGUGAGUUGGAUGGCCAGAGACACAGCCAACCAGGUCUAGCGCUCAGUGAGUUGGAUGGCCAGAGACACAGCCAACCAGGUCUAGCGCUCAGUGAGUUGGAUGGCCAGAGACACAGCCAACCAGGUCUAGCGCUCAGUGAGUUGGAUGGCCAGAGACACAGCCAACCAGGUCUAGCGCUCAGUGAGUUGGAUGGCCAGAGACACAGCCAACCAGGUCUAGCGCUCAGUGAGUUGGAUGGCCAGAGACACAGCCAACCAGGUCUAGCGCUCAGUGAGUUGGAUGGCCAGAGACACAGCCAACCAGGUCUAGCGCUCAGUGAGUUGGAUGGCCAGAGACACAGCCAACCAGGUCUAGCGCUCAGUGAGUUGGAUGGCCAGAGACACAGCCAACCAGGUCUAGCGCUCAGUGAGUUGGAUGGCCAGAGACACAGCCAACCAGGUCUAGCGCUCAGUGAGUUGGAUGGCCAGAGACACAGCCAACCAGGUCUAGCGCUCAGUGAGUUGGAUGGCCAGAGACACAGCCAACCAGGUCUAGCGCUCAGUGAGUUGGAUGGCCAGAGACACAGCCAACCAGGUCUAGCGCUCAGUGAGUUGGAUGGCCAGAGACACAGCCAACCAGGUCUAGCGCUCAGUGAGUUGGAUGGCCAGAGACACAGCCAACCAGGUCUAGCGCUCAGUGAGUUGGAUGGCCAGAGACACAGCCAACCAGGUCUAGCGCUCAGUGAGUUGGAUGGCCAGAGACACAGCCAACCAGGUCUAGCGCUCAGUGAGUUGGAUGGCCAGAGACACAGCCAACCAGGUCUAGCGCUCAGUGAGUUGGAUGGCCAGAGACACAGCCAACCAGGUCUAGCGCUCAGUGAGUUGGAUGGCCAGAGACACAGCCAACCAGGUCUAGCGCUCAGUGAGUUGGAUGGCCAGAGACACAGCCAACCAGGUCUAGCGCUCAGUGAGUUGGAUGGCCAGAGACACAGCCAACCAGGUCUAGCGCUCAGUGAGUUGGAUGGCCAGAGACACAGCCAACCAGGUCUAGCGCUCAGUGAGUUGGAUGGCCAGAGACACAGCCAACCAGGUCUAGCGCUCAGUGAGUUGGAUGGCCAGAGACACAGCCAACCAGGUCUAGCGCUCAGCACGUUCUGCUGUGAACACAAGAAGAGACGCAAAACAGAAGACAAACAGAAAACAGAAGACAAACAGAAGAUCAAAAGAGAAGAGAGGAAACCCUGA